AUCGAUACAAUUGAUACAACUCUAAUAUAAACAUAUACAUAACAACAUUAACAAUUAAUAUAAAUAGCAAAUAAAUAAAUAUAUACACUUUGGACCAUUUUGAUAAAAGACUGCAACGCAUUAAAGUUUUCAUCCCACAAGCAUCGUCAAUCGUCAGUGUGAAAAUGUUGAACCUACGUAACAUUUGGUCUUUGGGCAAUAAUACCGGUCUAAUCGCUAUCAGAUCCCUCUCAACGACAGCCAGCUGCAGGGAAUCGGACUCAUGGUUCUCCAAGUUGCUGGUGCGCAAGAUCGAACCCACGAAGGAAUCGCACAGUCGCAUGCUGAGCGAUAAGGAAAUCAUAUAUGCUCUGCACACGCAUAAUGUACGACCCGAUUCCAUGGGCGAAUAUCUGAAUAACUACAAAAAUACUGUUGCUUUGAUCAAGGAGAAAAAGUCGGGCUUGUCUUGCAACCUGGUUGCAUCAUGGACGGUGCAAGUUGGCGACAUGGAUCAGUGUCUGCAUUUAUGGAAGUACACGGGUGGCUUUGAAAAGAUCGAUCAGGCCAAAGAGGAUCUAUGGAAUGAUCCCGAGUAUUUGAAGCUUAUGAAUCAACGUUCCAAAUUUCUGCGAUCACGUCACCUGCAAUAUCUGUUGGCCUUCAGCUAUUGGCCACAAAUCGAGAGUCGAUCUGGCAAAAAUAUCUACGAAAUGCGGUCGUACCGUCUAACACCUGGCACUAUGAUUGAAUGGGGCAACAACUGGGCGCGUGCCAUCAAUUUCCGCAAGCAUAACAACGAGGCUUUUGCCGGAUUCUUCUCACAGAUUGGCAGGCUCUAUAAUGUGCAUCAUAUUUGGUGUUACAAAUCGCUGCAGGAUCGCAAGGAGACCAGAGAGGCUGCUUGGCGUUCGCCUGGCUGGGAUGAGUGUGUGGCAUACACUGUGCCCCUGAUAAGAGAGAUGCAUUGUCGUGUCUUGGCUCCCACUGAGUUCUCGCCCUCACAGUAAACCAACCCAAAACUAUGUACAUGGAACUGUAGAACGGAUCUGUGGCUAAACAACUUCUUUUUUUUUUCUUUUCGAUUUCAAAUGUUGCCCCGAAACAUAUGAGAGCCCCUACCACACCCAAUUUUGUCCCUUUCAAAACUUUGUAAAUAAUGCCAGCAUUUCAAAGAUGCUUUUAAGCUACAUGUAAUAUCGUAAGAUAAAAGUGCAUUUUUUUCUAAAGCUGUACAUGUUUUGUUAAAAACAAGAAGUGAAAUCAAAC